GGCGGAGCCAGAGAAGUUUGACCCGAAUCGAUUUAUGGGGGAGGAGGUGAGUGUGAUGGGGAGUGAUCUGAGAUUGGCUCCGUUUGGGGCAGGGAGAAGGGUCUGUCCAGGGAAAGCAAUGGGGAUGGCGACUGUGCAACUCUGGUUGGGGGAGCUACUCCAAACCUACAAAUGGCUUCCUUCUUCUGAGGAUGGCACUAUUAAUAAGGGGGUGGACUUGUCAGAAUGCCUUAAACUCUCUCUGGAAAUGAAAACUCCAUUGGUUUGCAAAGCUAUUCGUAGGGUUGGUUGAAGAUAAGAAUGAAUAAAGUAGCGGAGGCAGAAGGCUCCAUUUGUCCAUUGGUAAUGGCAGGAGGACCAAGAAAAUUGAGUUUUUUUUUUUCCUUUUUUGUUUUUGUUGAAGAAAAGAAUAGAAGUUGUUCUAAGUGUUGUUGUAAUGAGAAGAUGAGUGUCUCUUAUUGUGUGGUUGGUUAGGGUUUUAGGGUUAGUUUGAAAGACAUGUGGUAUCGAAUUUCAUGCUUCCUGUAAAAACCCUUUAUUCUCUCUUUUAUGUUUAUGUUGUUGUUGGAAAGUCUAUGAAAUCAAGUUGAUUCCUUCA